AUUCUGUGCAGAUUGAUAAUCAAAAACAGGCUUUCGCACUACCCAUUAGCAUUAUUGGUUGUGAUCAGAUGUGUAAUCAAUCAACAUCAAAGAGAGUUUUAAUAAUUUAUCAUUAUAUUUCUGGCAUUAUCGACCGACUCUCGUAUGAAACGUAGGUGUACAAAAUGUUUUCUAUUAUUGUUGUAAUGAAGAGUUGCAUAUAUACCGCGAAGAGAUUUGGGAAGCAGAUUUUGGGAUUUUUUUUACUGUGUUAUGCUUUGAAUUUACAUUUCUUCUACAUUUCUGAGAAGAAUCAAAUAAAACUCUUUCUUCAGCGCUCACUAAUCUUCGUUACUCACUUUUUUUCUUUGAUUUUCAGCCUUCUUCUAUCCGGAAAUGCAUCCAUCGCGAAGUAAUCAGCCUAACUGUUCACACACCAGGUACGGGAUCAAACGAUUCCGCCCGCUUUAAGCCGAUGUUUGCCACCGCGUACGUGCGCCGUUUACGUCCACCCAGUGCAUCGGGCUCCGUGUGAAGUCAGGUGCUUUCCCCGAAGCAAUCAUUAACGGUGGAGCGACGGCAGAGCGGAGGAGGCGUACGCUCGCCUCCGAGACGCGGAGAUCAAAGGCUACGGCACACCGGGCGGCGAAAAUGGCGAAGCACCACCGCAUACCGACGCUGGCGGAAAACAUCAACCGUUCGCCCCGGUUAAGCUACCUGGCCUCCCACUCCCAGUCCGCGUCUUUCAUGAGCGAGGGAGGCGAGAUAACGGAGCUGAUGGCGCUGGAUGAGUCGGAAAAUCUGCUGCACGAUCGUACGGCUUCGGUACAGGUGAUCAGCGGCAGUGGGGGUGCACUGUGCGGUAGUUACGGUAGCUACGCCAGCGGAACGCUUGCCGGUCAGCUAACACCGGGCGGACGCAUCCUGGUGGGGGCGGGCAUUAAUGCAGCCAACGGUGGCACCGGUACAGUGAACGCCGGUGGCAUUAGUCCCGGUGUGGGAAGUUUUGGCGAUGGUAGCGAACGGCUGGAGGAGCUCGGCAUUGCCUUCAACGAGCAGCUGAUGUACGGUGCGGUCGGUGGCAAACUGCUGACCAACUCACCGGCAGUAACGAUCGUCGAGAUGGCGGGUAGUGGUGGGCAUGCGGCAAUGAGGCAGAAAAACUUCAAGCGCAAGUCAACGGCUACGGCUGCGAUGGUGGCGUCCGGUGAACAGACGUCCUUGAAUGCUAUCGGGCUGCAGCUAUCGGUCGACCGGGGUGGACCACAGGAAUGGGGUGAAGCAACCCGCAGCUAUGUGAAAGCCCAGCGACGCCAUGCUGGACGAGCAACGUUCCAGGGCCAGGUGUACAACUUCCUCGAACGUCCGGCCGGCUACAAGUGCUUUGUCUACCACGUCUCUGUGUAAGUAUGCUGUAGUUUUGUCAAUUGAAAUACGAUGAAGUGCGUGUACUCGAUUCGGGUCAUGGUAAAAAGGGGGAAAAAACAAUUAAACACUACUACUUGGGACAAGAAAUGGUGGAGGAUUUUUUCCAAUAAAUCAAUUGUGUGUGUGUACUAGUAAGGGUAACAAAUAUGUUCCUUUCCAAA